ACGGUGAAAGUGAAACCACAGUCUACAAAACAUCCUGUCUGGCUAGCAGAGAAGAGCAGUAUAAAGACGUGCGGACCUUCUGCUGAUGAAAAAAAAAAUAAUAAUUUUUUUUCUGUGGUUACUUUGUGACAACUUAAAGACAUGGCAGCAGCACCCAGAAGUGGGUUUAAACUCGUGGGCCGGGACCCCGAAAAGGCUCCAGUUGGCUCUACUGUCAUUCUCUACUGUUACCUGUCUCCUAAAAUAAGUGCAGAGGCAAUGGAGAUCAGGUGGUUUAAGGAGAUGGACUGCAUUUGCCUCUAUAAGGACAGAGAGAUGAAAGUGGGGAGAGGCUACACAGGCAGGGUCAACCUGUUCACUCACGAACUGGAGAGAGGAAACGUCUCUUUACUGCUCAGAGAGUGCAAAGGGAGUGAUAUAGGACACUACCUGUGCCAGGUGACCUGUGGAGACAGAACAGAGGAGCUAACCGCACGAAUGUGGUGGCGGCCUCUCCAAAAAGUCUUUGGAUGUUCUAAGGGUGGAAUUCCAUAUGUGAGCAUCGAGCAGUGGUUUAGAAAAUGGACACAGGAUGAGAGACUGAAAAUGGAGGAUUCUGCUUUGCUGCUUGAGCAUAAUACAGAUGUCAAGAGUCUUCAAAAAGAACUUAAAGAGAGGCAGAGUUUAUUGGAGAUGAGUGCAGAACAGCUGAGAAAUGUGAAGCUGGACUGGGAAAGAGCAGAAGAGGAGCUGCAGAGGAAGAGCACCCAGGUACAGAUGACCGUGGUCGUACUGGAGCAACUGAAAACUGAGCUGGCCGAAAAGACCAAGCAGCUAGAAGAGAAGGACAGACUCCUGACUGAGUUAAACACAAUGCUAACUGAUAGAGAAAAACAGACUGAGGAGAAAGAGAGACAUCUAGAGGAGAUGAGGACAAAGCUGCAGGAAUUUACAGAUUCAUCAGCUGAAGACAUAAAAACAUACGACAAGGAGCUGGAGAAUCAAACAACAACUGAAGAAUUAUCUGAUCCAGAGUCUCCAGCUCCUGCUUCAGAGCUCAGGCUGGUGCUGCUGGGGAGAACUGGAUGUGGGAAGAGUGCAGCAGGAGACUCCAUCCUGGGUGGAGAGGAGAGGAGCCAGACUGGAGCUUCUACAGUGAGGCAGCAGAGUGAGAGCAGACAGGGGGAGGUGGCUGGGAGGAAGGUGACUGUGGUGGAAACUCCUGACUGGUUCAGUCCUGAACUCUCUCUGGAGGAACUGAGGCAGGACGUGGAGCACUGUGUCCGUCUGUCUGAUCCAGGACCUCACGCCUUCCUCCUAGUGCUACCAGUGAAUCAGUCUACAGGAGAGGAGAGAGGGAUGCUGGAGAAAAUGGAGGAGAUCUUUGGGGAAAGAUGUUGGAGGAACACCAUGAUUCUUUUCACUGGUACUGAUGAAGUCCCAGAGAAGAUUAUUGAAAGGUUUGUCCAAUCAGAGGACCAGGAUGUCCAGAGGCUUGUGCAGAAAUGUGGAAACAGGUUUCACUGUCUAAAGACUGAGAAGUCUGGAGAUGAUUCUCAAAUCUCAGAGCUGCUGGAGAAGAUAGAGAAGAUGGUGGAAGGAAACGAAGAGAGUUUCUACAGCAGUGAAAUCUAUGCAAUCACAGAGAUAGAAGGAUUGGAUGAAGAAAAGAAUGCAAUAGAAGAGCAUGAACAAGAUAUUAACAAACAAACAUCUGAACCAGAGAGUGAGAAUAAAGAAGACAAGGAUGAUAAACAGAUAAGAAAACAGGAAAUAAGGAUAGAGGAGACACACAGGCAGGAGAUCAGGGAGAUGACUGAAGGUGAAGCUGGAUUGGAAGCAGAGUGUAACAUCGUGCAGGUCAACCUGCUUAAAGUCGAGGCCUCAAAGUUGAAGAUGGAGGAAGAGCUCAGCAGGCGGAUGGAGCAGAAAGACAUUGAGAUGGAGAAACUGAAACAAAGACUUUCCGAACUUGAAAAGGCUUACCAUCAGGAGGUAAAGCUCAACAAGACCAAGAAUCUGGAGAAGGGAGCAAGAGGUCCUUCCAAAAAAAAGACUGGCAUGAAAAAACUUCUACAAAGUGAACUGAUAUGA